AUGGCCUCAGGAAAUGACUCUUCAGUGACUGAGUUUGUCCUGCUGGGAUUAACACAACAGCCAGAGCUGCAGCUGCCCCUCUUCUUCCUGUUCUUAGGCAUCUAUGUCAUGGCUGUGGUGGGGAACCUGGGCCUGAUUGUUCUCAUUGUUCUGAACCCUCACCUGCACACUCCCAUGUACUACUUCCUCUUCAACCUUUCCUUUGUGGAUCUCUGCUACUCCUGUGUCAUAACACCCAGAAUGCUGAUGAGUUUUGUGAAAGAGAACAUCAUCCCCUAUGCUGAGUGCAUGACUCAACUCUUUUUCUUCUGCUUCUUUGUAAUUGAUGAGUGCUAUAUCUUGACAUGUAUGGCCUAUGACCGCUAUGUGGCCAUCUGCAAGCCCCUGCUGUACAAGGUCACCAUGUCUCCUCAGAUCUGUCUUGUGUUGACAGCAUGGACCUAUGCAAUGGGGUUUGCUGGUGCCGUGGCCCACACUGGAAGCAUGCUGAGACUCAAUUUCUGUGAUGGCAACUUCAUCAAUCAUUUUGCAUGUGACAUUCAUCCACUUCUCCAGCUCUCCUGCACAAGCACCUACAUCAAUGAGCUGGUGGCUUUUAUUGUGGUGGGCAUCAACAUCACAGUGCCCAGUGUCACUCUGUUUAUUUCCUAUAGCCAGAUCCUCUUCAACAUCCUCCACAUCCAUUCUACCCAAGGCCGAUUCAAAGCCUUCCGUACCUGCAGUUCCCACAUAAUUGCUGUGUGUCUUUUCUUUGGAGCUGGGGCCUUCAUGUUUCUUAAGCCCUCUCCUGCUGGCUCUCUACCUCAAGAUAAAGUAGCCACUAUUUUUUAUACCAUUGUGGGUCCAAUGCUGAAUCCUUUUAUCUACAGUUUGAGGAACAAGGAUGUACAUUCUGCACUGAGUAAGACGAUACGACUAAAACUGCUUGGUGUCUUUUUGGGAAAAGAACAUUAG